GUCAAUAUAGGAAGAGAAAACGAGUGUAAACAUUACCAAGGCUUAAACUGUGACCUCCGACCCCGCAGCGUCCAGUCCCGUUAACCCCGCCCCUCUGCAGAGAGAACGGGAGCUCCAUUCAAACGCACCAAACUCCGCGCCCCGGGAUGCGACAGUUGCAGUAGAAGAGCAGAAAGGCGGCCACGGCAACAGCAGUAGAACCAGAAACACGCCAUUUACCUAAAAAAACCCGCACACCCAGAGGCACAGCCGGGGACGCAGGCACUCAGCGGCACAAACCCUCACUGAGCGCAGUUAGCAGGCGGCUAACGGCUAACGGCUAACGGCACCGACAUGGCGAGCGCCUCGUACCACAUCUCCAACCUGCUGGAGAAAAUGACCUCCAGCGACAAAGAUUUCAGGUUUAUGGCCACAAACGACCUGAUGACAGAGCUGCAGAAAGACUCGAUCAAACUGGACGACGACAGCGAGAGGAAGGUGGUGAGGAUGAUCCUCAAACUGUUGGAAGACAAGAACGGAGAGGUUCAGAACUUGGCCGUUAAAUGCCUGGGCCCGCUGGUCAGUAAGGUGAAGGAGUACCAGGUGGAGACCAUCGUGGACACGCUGUGCACCAACAUGCUGUCGGACAAAGAACAGCUCAGAGACAUUUCUUCCAUCGGACUCAAAACUGUGAUCGGAGAGUUGCCUCCUGCCUCCAGUGGUUCAGCUUUAGCCGCCAGCGUUUGUAAGAAGAUCACAGGUCGAUUGACGAGCGCCAUCGCCAAGCAGGAAGACGUGUCCGUGCAGCUGGAGGCGCUGGACAUCAUGGCCGACAUGCUGUGCAGACAGGGCGGUCUGCUGGUAAAUUUCCAUCCCUCCAUCCUCAGCUGUCUGCUCCCCCAGCUCACCUCCCCCAGACUGGCUGUCAGAAAGAGGACCAUCAUGGCUCUGGGCCACCUGGUGAUGUCCUGUGGGAACCUGGUCUUCAUUGACCUGAUAGAGCACCUCCUGACCGAGCUCGGCAGAAACGACAACAUGUCCACCACCAGGACGUACAUCCAGUGCACGGCGGCCAUCAGCAGACAGGCUGGACACAGGAUCGGAGAGUACCUGGAGAAGAUCAUCCCUCUGGUGGUUAAGUUCUGCAACGUGGACGAUGACGAGCUCAGGGAGUACUGCAUCCAGGCCUUCGAGUCCUUCGUCAGGAGAUGUCCGAAAGAGGUUUACCCGCACGUUCCCACGGUCAUCUCCAUCUGCCUGCGCUACCUGACCUACGACCCCAAUUACAACUUUGACGACGAAGACGAGGACGACAACGCCAUGGACGCCGAGCAGAAUGAUGAAGACUACCAAGGCAGUGACGACGAGUACAGCGAUGAUGACGACAUGAGCUGGAAGGUCCGCCGGGCGGCGGCCAAGUGUCUGGACGCGGUGGUGUCCACUCGCCACGAGAUGCUGCCGGAGUUUUACCGCUCUGUGUCGCCCGCGCUCGUCUGCCGCUUCAAGGAGAGGGAGGAGAACGUGAAGGCGGAUGUGUUCCACGCCUACCUGUCGCUGCUCAAACAGACCAGACCGGCCCAGAGCUGGUUAGCUGACCCGGACGCCAUGGAGCAGGGGGAGACGCCGCUCACCAUGCUGCAGAGCCAGGUGCCCAUGAUAGUGAAAGCCCUUCACAAGCAGCUGAAGGAGAAGAGUGUGAAAACCCGCCAGUGUUGUUUUAACAUGCUGACCGAGCUGGUCAACGUCCUCCCGGGAGCCCUGACCCAGCACAUCCCAGUUCUAAUACCAGGUAUCAUCUUCUCUCUCAACGAUAAGUCCAGCAGCUCCAACCUGAAAAUCGACGCCCUCGCCUGCCUCCACGUCAUCAUGGUCACGCACCCGGCCCACGCCUUCCACCCCCACGUCCCUGCUCUGGUCCCGCCCGUGGUGGCGUGCGUGGGGGACCCCUUUUACAAGAUCACAUCUGAGGCACUGCUAGUCACCCAGCAGCUGGUUAAGGUGAUCCGACCGCUGGAUAGCCAAUCAGAGGCCUCGGACAGCUUUGACCCCUCCCCCUACAUAAGCGACCUGUUCACGUGUACGAUCAAGCGCCUGAAGGCCGCCGACAUCGAUCAAGAGGUCAAAGAACGAGCCAUUUCCUGCAUGGGGCAGAUCAUCUGUAACCUAGGUGACCGCCUGCCCACCGAGCUUCCGGGCACGCUGCUGAUCUUCCUGGAACGCCUCAAGAAUGAGAUCACCCGGCUGACCACCGUCAAAGCGCUUACGCUGAUCGCCGGCUCUCCGCUGAAGAUCGACCUGAGGCCGGUUCUGCCCGACGCCGUUCCCAUCCUCGCCUCCUUCCUCCGGAAGAACCAGCGAGCCCUGAAGCUCUGCACGCUGGCCGCUCUGGACAUCCUGCUGAGAAACUACAGCUCGGCGGUGACCCCGGUCAUGGUGGACGCCGUCCUGGCCGAGCUGCCGCCGCUCAUCUCUGAGAGCGACAUGCACGUGUCCCAGAUGGCGCUGAGCUUCCUGUCCACGCUGGCCGUCACCCACCCGUCCUCCCUCAGUCAGCUGAGCGGGGGGAGUGGGGGCAACAUCCUCCAGCAGCUCAUCGCGCUGGUCCGCUCCCCGCUGCUGCAGGGGGGGGCGCUCGCCGCCAUGCUGGACUUCUACAAGGCUCUGGUGGCCACGGAAACCCCGGGUCUGGGCUACAUGGACCUGCUGAGGAUGCUGACCGGUCCGGUUUACUCGCAGAGCACCGCUCUGCCGCACAAACAGGCCUACUGCUCCAUCGCCAAGUGUGUGGCCGCCCUGACCCGGGCCUGUCCCGACGAGGGGCCGGCUGUGGUGGGACAGUUCAUCCAGGAUGUGAAGAACAGCCGCUCCACAGACUCCAUCAGGCUGCUGGCUCUGCUCUCUCUGGGGGAGGUCGGCCACCACGUGGACCUCAGCGGCCAGCCGGAGCUGAAGACGGUCAUCCUGGAGGCUUUCUCCUCCUCCAGCGAAGAGGUGAAGUCGGCGGCCUCUUAUGCACUGGGCAGCAUCGCCGUGGGCAACCUCCCCGAGUAUCUGCCCUUCGUCCUGCAGGAGAUCUCCUCCUCCAAGAGGCAGUACCUGCUGCUGCACUCGCUCAAGGAGAUCAUCAGCUCGGCGUCCGUGUCGGGGCUGAAGCCGUACGUGGAGUCGGUCUGGUCUCUGCUGCUGAAACACUGCGAGUGCCAGGAGGAGGGGACCCGGAACGUGGUGGCUGAAUGUCUGGGCAAACUGACGCUGAUCGACCCCGAAACCCUGCUGCCCCGCCUCAAAGGAUACCUGCUGUCAGGCUCGUCGUAUGCCCGGAGCUCUGUGGUAACCGCUGUGAAGUUCACCAUCUCCGACCAGCCGCAGCCCAUCGACCCGCUGCUCAAGAACUGCAUAGGUGAUUUCCUGAAGACGCUGGAGGACCCGGACCUGAACGUGCGCCGUGUUGCCUUGGUAACGUUUAACUCUGCCGCUCACAACAAGCCCAGUCUGAUCCGAGAGCUGCUGGACUCUGUCCUGCCACAACUCUACAACGAGACCAAAGUCAGGAAGGAGCUGAUCCGAGAGGUGGAGAUGGGACCAUUCAAACACACGGUGGACGACGGGCUGGACUUGAGGAAGGCUGCGUUUGAGUGCAUGUACACUCUGCUGGACAGCUGCCUGGACCGGAUCGACAUCUUCACCUUCCUGAACCACGUAGAGGACGGCCUGAAGGACCACUAUGACAUCAAGAUGCUGACAUUCCUGAUGCUGGCCCGGCUGUCGUCGCUGUGUCCCAGUGCCGUUCUGCAGAGACUGGACAGACUGGUGGAGCCCCUGAGAGCCACCUGCACCACCAAGGUGAAGGCCAACUCGGUGAAGCAGGAGUUUGAGAAGCAGGACGAGCUGAAGCGGUCGGCGAUGCGGGCCGUGGUGGCCCUGCUGACCAUCCCGGAGGCCGAGAAGUCGCCGCUGAUGUCGGAGUUCCAGUCCCAGAUCUCGUCCAAUCAGGAGUUGGCGGCCAUCUUUGACUCCAUCCAGAGAGACUCCAGCUCGGCCAACAUGGAGUCCAUGGACACCAGCUAAGAACUCGGACAGCACCGGUUCCCACGAUGCAACACGGCACCACCCGCUGCUGGAGCGCUAUCCCUGCAGCAUGUUUCCAUGACAACAGGACGCAGACACACAACGACACACACACACACAGAUGUAGUGACACAUCCUCUCCUAGCGAGUGAUCGUUCCAUGAUGCAUUGCACUGAAAUCAGCAGUUGGGGAAGACAGGAGGAAGGCUGGCGGACGGCUCACACACGGACAAAAAAAGGACAAAAACGCAGAUCGGAAAAUGAAAAAAAUCCUGAAAAAUUAUUUCCUUGAAAGGCUUGGAAGCUCCUCCCACUUCCUGUUUGUUUUCUAUCGAGAUCAUCUGGUUGGCUGAUCUCCAUGUGCAUCAUCAUUCUCUCUCUUUUUUUUUUUCUUUCUUCCUUUUCAUAAUUCCAGAAAGUUCCACAGGUACUGUAACCUGAUUGGCCACUGCUGAGCGACUGACAGGUGGCGUUAUCAAACUGACCAAUGAGUGAAGAUAUGACCCCCCCCCCCACCUGAAGCUGUGGUGACCAAUGGGAGAAGGGGCUUGGGGGCUUGUUCUUCUUUUUUUAUUUUAAUUUUUUUGGUUCUGUUUGUUUUAGUUUUUUCGUGAAUGAUGUGGGCUUCCUAUUGGAGGCUUUUGGCGAGAGGAGGAAGGGGCGGGUUUUACUGUUUGUGGACCAAUCAGCAUCUUUUGUUUCCCCUCAAUUCAAUUGCUCGACCUUUGACUUCUUCACUCCUAAGAGGGAAGGGAAGAAGGGAGAAGUCGGGGAGGGAGGAGAAGGUAUCUGGACUCUGUCCCGCCCGGUCCCACUGGGCCUGAAACCAUCCGUUGGCUGUUUAUUUGAGUCUGGCUGCCACCAAUCGGUUCAGUCUAGUCAGCCGUGGUUUGAUUUCACUGUCCUGCUAGUUCUGUUGGGUCAGGCUCUGGCUGAUUUGAUCCAGUUUGGUCCGGUCCGGUCCGGUCAGGACAAUCCACUGUUGUUUAAUGCCCAAGAAAAAUAAAAAGGUCCAUUUCUGCCUGCCUUCAUACUCCGACUGCCUUCUUUCUUUGUGUUACUUUACGUUUUUUUUGUCCACCUGAGUCCGAUCUAGGCUCAAUUUUCAGCUUUAAAGGACAUCCAGAAGACACAGAUGAUGAAUAACAAACAAAAGGAGACAGGGGGGG